AUGAAGUUGGCCUCGUCGCCCCCGGGCAGGCGCGGGAGGGACUCGGCGUCGAGGACGGCGAAGAGGGAGGCGACGAGCCGGUCCUCGGACUUGCCGCCGUCGUCGUCGGUGGAGGCGGCGGCGGCGGCGGCGGCGUGGCGCGCCACGGCCUCGUCGAGCAGCGUCCGGCCGCGGUCGACCUUGGGCCAGGGCGGGCCGUCGGCGUCAAAGGCGGCGUUGCUCAGGCCGACCGUCUCGCCGCGCCGCGAGGCGACGCGGGGCACCGUGUCCGGGUGCUCGCUGCGGUUGGAGAUGAUGACGAGCGGGUCGAUGUCUUUAUCCGAGGCCGGGGCUGUGGCUGUGGCUGUUGCGGGCGCAGGUGCUGCUGCUGCUGCUGCCGCCGCCGCCCCCCUCCUCCGGAGCUUGCCGCAGGCCAGGCUGAAGCCGCCGACACCCUUGACGCCGGGCCCCGAGAGGAUGCGCUCGACGAACUCGUGGGUCCGCUCGGCCGGGUCGGCGCCCAACCAGGCCGAGACGAUGGCGCCGCGGGAGCGGACGCCGUGGAUGGCGUGGGCGCCGCCCUCGAGCGGGUCCUCCUCGCGGUAG